AUGGAGUCCCUAAUCUCGAACUGGAACGGCCGUAAGAUAAUCCUCGGCGUGUCGGUCAGGAGUUCCAUCUCAGCUAAUUCGCGAAAGGGGAUGGAUGAUUUCUUCAACGUUGAUCCGACUUUGUUCGAGCUCGGCAUCAAUCUUCGGGAGAACCUGGAUCCUGGACAGAGUUUCAGAGAGUCAUGUUGUCGCUUUAAGAGGGACGGCGAGGAGCAAGAAACCAUCCCUUCGGCCAUGGAAAAGGACGAGAUUUUGGCUGCAGUCCAAAGGGACGGCGCCGAUCUCAACGCCGUCGUCCAAGAUGCAGCCUACAAUCUAUCGCUCCGGGCAGUGAAUCCGGUCAAUGUGAAAGUGACAGACUUGUCAUUAGACAUCAAUACAGCUCCCCCGAUAUGGAAGUCAUCACCAAGUCAGAUACGUGACCGCCUACGUGGUCGUGCGACACAAUUAUCUUCCAAGCGUGUUUUAGAUGGUGUCAACGCGCAGUUGCCGAGUGGAAGCUUGACAGCGAUCAUCGGAAGCAGCGGGUCGGGUAAGACAUCUCUUCUCAACAUGAUGGCGGGUCGCAUGUCUCUUUCGCGAGCAACGGUUGUGGGUGCAACGACGUUCAACGGAGAUGCCGACAUUGCAAGCGUUCGCAGUGCCUACGUCAUGCAAGAAGAUGUCCUGGUCCCCACGUUGACCGUCCGCGAGACUCUGCGCUAUGCAGCGGAUCUUCGUCUGCCCCCUCCCACCACCCAAGAUGAGCGAUAUGCCAUUGUGGAACAGGUCAUUCUCGAGCUGGGACUGAAGGAAUGUGCCGACACUCGGAUUGGAACCACCGCGCACAAAGGCUGCAGUGGUGGUGAGAAGCGGCGCACGAGUAUCGGCGUGCAGUUACUAGCCAAUCCUUCGGUCCUGUUCUGCGAUGAGCCCACAACCGGUCUUGAUGCAACCAGUGCUUUCCAAAUCAUCCGUACGCUCAAGAGACUAGCCCAGGAUGGCCGAACAGUCGUCGUGUCUAUUCAUGCCCCACGCUCGGAAAUCUGGAGGCUCUUCGACAAUAUGAUCCUCUUGGCUCGCGGAUCUGCAUUGUACAGUGGUCCCGUGAACGAGUCACUGGCGCAUUUCGAAGAAUGUGGCCAUGUUCUACCACCUUUCGUGAACCCGGCUGAGUUCUUCAUUGACUUGGCUGCGAUCGAUAACCGCACAGAGGAAUUGGAGGCUGCGUCUCGCGCGCGAGUCGAACAGCUCCGUCUUGCGUGGCGAUCGCGACAGAAGCCACCAAGGAGCGACGAGCAGACAGAAAAGGCGCCGUCAUCGAGCCCAGAGAAGAAGAGAGGAUCCGGUGCUUCGGGCAAAGUAUCCUUUCGUCGUCAAUUUCGAGUCCUCACUUCGAGAACUUUUAAAACGACCAUACGUGACCCCAUGGGUGUGGCAGGUAGUCUGCUUGAAGCGGUCGGGAUGGCCGUGAUUAACGGCUGGAUAUUCUUGCAGCUUGACGAAAGCCUCGCGGGCAUCCGAUCUCGACAAGGAAGUCUGUAUACAGCCAGUAGUCUGAACGGGUAUCUGAUUUUGCUAUACGAAACCUACCGGCUCACAAUCGACAUUCGUCUGUUCGAUCGCGAACGCAACGAAGGCGUAGUUGGAGUUCCGGCAUUCUUGUUGAGCCGACGGGUGGCUCGAUUCCCACUUGAAGACUUGCCAGUGCCUCUUCUCUUUUCCCUGAUCUAUUACUUCAUGGUAGGGUAUAGGCUGGAGGCAGCACAGUUCUUCAUCUUUUUUGUGCUAUCCCUCCUGACACAUUAUGUCGCGGUGACGUUUGCAGCUGUGUCAAUUGGCGUGGCUCGGAGCUUUCCGGGCGCCAGUCUCGUGGGAAACUUGUGUUUCACCCUGCAGUCCUUUGCCUGUGGAUACUUUGUACAGUCUCAGCAGAUCCCGGUCUAUGUCCGGUGGCUGAAAUGGUGCGCCUACACGUUCUACAUCUUCGGGGCACAAUGUGCCAAUGAAUUUAUCGGCGUUGGCAACUCGAAACUCGGCAAUUUUUACGCCUGUCCGUACUCUAAUGACCCUCGGGACCCAGCAUGUCGAGAAUACACUGGUCGCUUUAUUAUGGACAGCCUCGGCCUGCCGUCGAAUUGGAUCUGGCGACCGAUCGUGAUUCUUAUCGGUUUUGUUCUGGGUCAAUACCUGGUUGCUGGUCUCUUGCUGCAAUACAAUCGAUUUGGAAUCGACAUUGCUCAAGCCCGACCAGCUGAGAGUGCUUCAUCCGCGGAGAAGGCCAAGAUCUCAAUUCGUCCCGCGGAAGAGGCCCGGCGAGUCGCCAUCUCGUUGGACGAAUACGCCCUCGAAAUACGAAAGCGUAGCCUGCCCUGGCAGCGCAAGCGCAAAUUGCAGAUAUUGCAACCAAUCACGGCUGAAUUUCAUCCCGGACAGCUCAAUGUGAUCAUGGGUCCCUCCGGCAGUGGCAAGACAUCGCUACUGAACUCGAUUGCCCGAAGGCUUCAAGGCUCAGCGAGUACCCAGUACCGGGUGACAGGACAGAUGCUAUACAAUGGCGCUGUGCCGUCGGAAGCUGUGAUCCGUUCGGUGACCUCCUUUGUUACGCAAGACGACGACGCGCUGAUGCCUUCUCUCACUGUACGGGAGAGUCUGCGCUUUGCUGCGGGGCUGCGACUGCCGACAUGGAUGACUCGCGAGGAGAAAAAUCGGCGCGCCGAAGAGAUUCUAUACAAGCUAGGCCUUGGGGAAUGCGCAGACAAUCUUGUUGGCAGUGAACUGAUCAAAGGUAUCAGCGGUGGCGAAAAACGUCGAGUCACGAUCGCGAUCCAGAUUCUCACCGACCCCAAAGUGCUCUUGCUGGAUGAGCCCACAUCGGGGCUGGAUGCAUUCACGGCCAUGUCGAUCAUUGAAGUCUUGCAGGGUCUGGCAGCUGAAGGGCGGACACUGAUCAUGACCAUUCAUCAGUCGCGGUCAGAUCUGUUUGGUCAUUUCUCGCAGGUCCUGCUGCUCGCGCGAGGCGGCUUUCCUGUGUAUGCUGGCGGAGGACAAGAAAUGCUCCCACAUUUUGCGGCUCUGGGUCAUGAAUGUCCCCAAACGACCAAUCCAGCUGACUUUGUGCUGGAUCUGAUCACGGUGGACCUGCAGCAAGAAGACCGGGAAGCCAUUACUCGCGACCGGGUGCGCAAGCUCAUCAGUUCGUGGAGCGAGCGAGCACCACAGCUCGGACGCACGGCGUCUCGCAUUGCAACGCCUGCCGAGCUGGGUAGUCUGCGAAGACAGAUGCUACCAUUCCGAGUGACUUUCCCACUCGUUCUGUAUCGGUCAUUUUUGAACUUUUGGCGCCAGCCGCCCUUGGUGAUGGCGCGGUCGAUGCAGAUUGUGGGGAUAUCUAUCAUCAUGGCGUUGUUCUUUGCGCCUCUCAAGCAUGACUAUGCGGCUGUGCAAUCUCGCAUGGGAUUCAUUCAGGAGUUUGCCGCCUUGUACUUUGUCGGUAUGCUCCAAAACAUCGCCAUCUACCCCAAUGAGCGGGACGUGUUCUACCGCGAAGAAGCGGAUAGUUGCUACUCUGCCGAGACGUUUCUUCUUGCGUACACGACUAUUGAAAUACCCUUUGAGAUUCUCUCGUCGCUCAUUUUCGGAGUGCUGGCUGCCUUUGCGGACAACCUCAAGCGGACCGUGCAGAUCUUCCUCAUCAGCGCCUUCAACUGUUUCUGCAUCAUCAACUGCGGCGAGUCCGUGGGAAUUAUGUUCUGCACACUAUUCUCGCACGUGGGCUUCGCAGUGAACGUGACCUCGGUGUUGCUCUCCAUCUCGACCAUCCUCGGCGGCGUGAUGAGUCUGAAUGUGAAUGAUGUGCUACAGGCUCUGAACCAUCUGUCGCCGAUCAAAUAUUCGAUCGCUAAUCUGGCACCCUUUUCUAUGCAUGGACAAACCUUUGACUGUACCCCCUCCCAACAACUGGCGGAUGGAAGUUGCCCGAUCUCCACGGGCGAACAGGUGCUGGAGCUGUACAAUUUGAACAAGGACGGGGCUAUGAAUGUCAUGGCACUGGGUGUAUGCACUGCCAUCUAUCGGUUGGUCGCCUAUGCAUUUGUCAAGGCGAUGCGAUCGCAUCGGCUGAUGGAGAAAUGGCGUGAAUGGCGACAGUCUAGGCAGGCCUCGUGA